AUGGAGAAUGCAAGGAAACUCAAUAACUCCUUGGUUAUUAAAAUUUUUGGAGGUGCAGCUCCUCUAGCAGUUAUAAGCUCUGAGCUUAGAAGGCAAUGGGCACAAUAUGGUAAGCUUCAUCUUACCAUGCUAAGCCAGGGAUGGAUCCUCUGUUCUUUUCAGGAUUCACAAAGUGCGGAAUCGAUCCUUACAAAUGGACCUUGCUUUGUUAAUAACAAAAUAAUUGGAAUGGAUAGGUGGUCCAAAAGCUUCUCUCCAACAUCCUUAAAAGGCCUAACAUCUCCUAUAUGGAUAAGACUUCCAAAUCUCCCUUUGGAAUGUUGGGAUAACAUAAACAUAUGCAGAAUUUCUUCUAUGAUUGGAAAACCAAUUUUGAUAGAUGGAAACAUGUUCCAAUGGGGGAGGAGGGAAUUUGGAAGAGUAUGUGUUCGAAUCAGACUUGAUAAGAAGCUACCAGUUGGCGUAUGGGUUGAAGGAUCAUCUGGCAAGUUCUUCCAAGAAAUAGAAUAUGAACAGCUUCCAAACUUUUGCUUCAAGUGUGGUUUAAUUGGGCAUGUUCAAGAAGUAUGCAGAGAAGGGAAUUCACCUCCAAAUGUUAAAGAAAUACAUAAUGCUGUGGAAGCUUCAGAUGCAGCUAAUUCAUUACCAGACAAGGCAAAUGAAGAGGAAAUGGCUGGCGAUCCAAAAUAUGGACCUUGGAUGGUUGUUAAUCGUGGAAGGAAGAAAACUGUAUGUUUUUCUAAGGAAGUUAAUCUUAGACCUUUGGAGAAAAAGGUGUGGAGGAAAUCUGAUUCAACCAAUAAAAUAGAUACCGGAGAUAGGUUGAAUGAAACUCAUAGUUUGGGCACAACUAUAGAAAAUAGCUGUACAACUAUCUGUGAUAAAUCGG